AUGCGCCAAAUAGCACACAGUUUCCAUAUGUUAUAUGCCGAGAAGGUAAGCGAGCGAUGUUUGUUUUCAAUCGCAAGAGCCGCGUCGAGGGCGACAGUUUAGAGGCCCACCUUACUUUUGUAAGUUUUAAAUAUAAGCCAUCAUGUAGUUUACCUUCCAAUGUGACUAAGCUGUAUAGCAUUUCUGACGUUUCAACAGUAAUCUCAUGUUAAAAUGCGUUGCUCUACCGUUCGAUUCCCAACUUUAUAUUCAGCAGCUUUUUAUGCUAGUACUUGUGAUGGCUCUGCGUUUCAAGUCCUUUGACAACCAUUGGCGACUGGCGUCCAUACAAAUGUAACAGAAAAUAUUUCGUGGUCACACGCCUUUUCAUUUACUAACGUACUCCUAAUCUUGGACGUUUUUGCUUAUCAGGCGAAAACGCCUACCGCACCCCACCCAUCCUCUCCAAGGCUGUUUUUCUAAGAGCUUUGAGGGAGAGAGACUCAUCGGAAUGAGGGGGAGGGGUCGUAUUUAAAACUGAAGUGACAAUUCUUGGUAAAUCCAUAUUUUACCAACACUUUUCCUCAGCCUGUCUUACACCGCGCCUUUGAGUCGGUACAACUCGCCCCGAUGAUCAUUAAAUACAGUAUACGUUUGACUUGGAGUACUUUUUUUAUUUAGUGAUUCAGUGUCGGCACAAUUUAGGACGAUUAAUGGGAAUUACAGCAAAAAAUGUCUAAUUUUCAAGUCUAAUAAUGCACCAAUAUUACACAAUAAUUUUGGAAAUCGGCGGACGGUAUCAUUUUCGCACCCACUGACCAACGUUAUAUGCACCGCUUUUACAGUGGAAGUCAUUUUGGCGAUAUCUGAUGCUAAAAGUACAAAUUAACCUGAAAAUCCUUUGAGAACUAAAAUAACUGUCACCGUAAGACAAAAGUCGCUAACUACAUCUCGGGGAAACUCCUGACGGGUUGAGAAUGAAAUAAUUCAUGCUUCCCUUCUUGAAUAAGAUUUUUAUUACACGUGACAAAAGUAAUUUUACUCCUGAUGAAAUAUGCUGAUUUUGAAAGUUGAACUGCUCUGCGUCAGAGAACAUGCGUCAAAAUGCUUUUUACUGAAGUAGUUCUUGUCAUAAAAGUGUGACAACAAAAACGACAGCUCCUAUUCACUACACUUAAUUAAAAAUUCGCUGUCACCUGUGCAUGGCACUUAACAGCGACACACUCAGCUUUGACACCAGCUAGAUGUCAAGCGAUGUGUAAUCUAUAAAUGAAAUGAAUCUACAGAGAAAAGAAGGCUGAUCUCGUUGAAAGUGUUGCGUUUUAGAGGAACGCGUACAGUGGGGAGUGUUAGGUUGGUCAGAGAAAUGUUGUGCGUAAAAAAAUUAAGUGGAUGUGACCUUGAUCAAAUUUUUAAUUUACUACUGUGUGGCUUUUUGCCUUUUCUGCUUUUUUUGUUUUGGAGUGCUGACAAUCGGUUUGGCUCAAAGUUUCGUUUGAACAGUGGUUUGAGUCGAAUUUAGUUUCAGGUAGCUUUCGUUGAAUGGGAUAAAACGAAUUAGGUGGAUCGAAAGUUUAUACUUGCCAAGCGUAAUUAAUUACAAACUUUAAAGUUUAGUUUAGAACGUUUAACACUCCUCUCUAGUACUACUUACCAACAUCUUACUGUUAGGUGAAAGAUAACCUCAUUUCUCAAAACACGUCUGUGUUGCUUAUUCAGUUUCCUCGUCGUCUGUCGGUCGAUCGGAAAAGGCCUUAGUUUGGCUUCAAAAAGAAGAAAAAGACCGAAAAAGAGAAAAAACGUUAAGAUUACUUGUAAUCCUUACCCUCAUUUUAAUUUUUACCCAGACGUAGUUAAUCGAUAAACAGAUAAUCGAUAGAAAUCGAUAAAGAAAAAAAUGGUGUCCGAUUUUAGAAAUAUCGAUUUCCGAUAGAAAUCGACAAUGAUUUUUUAUCGAUUGUUAUCAAUUACUAUCGAUUCAUAUCGAUUGUUAACAAUUUUGUCAAUCGAUGAUAGUCGAUAAACUAUUUCUUCUGUGAGUUCGAUUUCUAUCGAUUCCAGAUAUCAAUCGAUACUUAUCUGCGGACUAAAUCAAUUAAUGUCAAUGUUAUCGAUUUUUCUUGAUUAACUACGUCAGGUUCUUACCAAUACAGUGGACCUCGUUAUUACGGCCACUUGUUGUUUUAGGCCGCCCGGCAAAAACGACCAUACAUUUUCCUGUAAAGAAACCCUCGUUAAUACCGUCUCGUUAUUACGGUCAAAAUUUUCUGGCCCAUUGGUGACCGUAUUAACGGGGUUCCACUGUACUCCUCUAACGGCGACGUCGCUGUCCGUCCUGUCAGUUCUUUCAUGUCAUUUCAUCAUGUGCAGCGGCAAGAAGGCUUGAAAAGGCUUAGUAGAAAAGGCUAGCAGAAUUAUGAAUGUCUCUGUAUCGAUCUAUGUGUAUACAAUAAACACAAUAUCGCUUGGAAAGUGUCUUGUACAGUGCUUGUAUGGUCUUGACGCAUUCCUUAUUUUUAUAUCAGAAAUCUCCGCUCACUCGUUCGAUUUCUAAUACGUCAACAACUUACCUUACGCGCGCACUUUCCAUGAAGUAUUCUUACUGAGUGUACAACUGUAACUGUUGCUUUUCCUUUUCUUACAGGAACUCGCUAUUUCAAGUGCAACUGAACUCACGUUCAACGGUAAAAUGGCAGGAAAUAUCGAAAGCAGCAACAUUGAGGCCAAGAAACUUGAGUUUUUCUGGGGUCCUGUCCCCACGUAUUUCUGGGUCAUAAGCGCUGUCAAUGGAGUUAUUACUUUGGUAUGCAACGGACUGGUCAUCUUUAUUGUUCUAAAACGUGAUCGAUUGUUUCGAAACCCUACAAACUGGCUCCUGCUAUCAUUAGCGUUGUCAGAUUUAACAGUUGGAAUAAUAAUGAUUCCCUCGCUAUUCAUUUGUUAUUUUUCCUCCAUUCCCUGCAAUUGGAGUGUGAAUAAGAAAGUGUACGACUUGUUUCUUUACGUUUCGGUCACCAAUCUCUGCUUUUUGACCAUGGACAGAUACAUUGCCGUAGUUUUUCCGUUGAGAUAUACGCUGCUUGUUUCUAGGAGAUCAACGAUCAAGUUAUUAAUUACAGCCUGGCUCUUGCCACUGUUUGCGUGCAUUGCUCCUUACGUCGUAAACGUUCUACCUAUAUCGGAAAACCAGAAGGAGGAAGCAGCAAAAGUGCUUGUGGCAAUUAAACUAGGUAUAUUCGAGUUGCUACCAUGUUUUAUCAUGUUUCUGGCCUACAUGCAUAUCUUCCAGAUUAGCAAAAGACAUGCACGUCAUAUAAGUUCCAUCAAUAAGAGCAUAGGAAGAGAAAGAAGUUCAACCAAUCAAGCGAAAUGGCACGCAAAAUCAACCAUAAGAGUUUUUUGUGUUGUGGUACCUUUGUUUGUUGUUUGCUGGACAAUGGCAUCAUGGAGAGAGAUAUGCUCUGUAUUCCGCGUCUGUUCAGUUCCUGCAACCGCUGUCCACGUUUCGCGACUUCUCCUCAAGGGUCACUCAAUGAUUGAUCCUAUAGUGUAUGCUCUGCAUAAAAAGGACAUACGUAAGGAACUUGUUAAGAUCAUCACUGGGUGGUCAAAAAUGCGGGGCAUUAACUUCAUGCCGAGAGGCCGCUGCAGUGAACGUUCUUACACAAUUUCAUUCAACAGAGACCAAGAACGGAAAGAAGAAAACGAAGGAGUUUAUAACAGACAUUUUCGUACAUUGCCUUAG